GAAAUACCUGUGGAAUGAAUCAUUGCAUUCCGAAUCCUCAAAAUUAACCAAUGAUUCACGAUUGAGAUGUUUCGCGACACCGAAUUUCCACUAUCUUCUGGUACUUUCACCAUGCCACAGUCUGAAUCCACCCCUCAUAAUGACGACUUUGACGAUGUCUUCGGAUCAGAACCAGGUUCUCCCACACUUGACGGCAGAGAUAUGCGCGACGGAGAUAUGUUUGGGGUUGGAAAUACAGAGAUUUCAGAUAUACCAAGAUUAAAGGAGAAGCACGAAACAGAAGGAUAUAGAGAUGGCGUUACCAAAGGAAAAUCGGAGAGUGUCCAAAAGGGAUUUGACGAGGGUUAUGGAUUAGGUGCUGUGUUAGGGUUGAGGAUAGGAAAGAUUAUAGGAAUUCUUGAGGGAAUUUCUGGGGCAGUUUCCGUAUCCGCGAGCAAGUCCGAAGGUGAAGAGUGGACGAAAGAGAAAAGUCGAGUAGAAGAAUUGUCCAACAAUGCAAAGAAUGAAUUAAAAACAGAAAAGGUGUUUGCAAGAGAGUGGUGGGGCGAGGAUGGAAUAUGGAAAUUUGAAGUUCCAGGGGAGAAGGAAGGGAAGGAUGUCGUAUUCCCCGACGUUGCUGCAGCACAUCCUCUGCUCAAGAAAUGGGAAGGGAUUGUGGAAGAGGAGAUACAAAAGUGGUCGUUGGAUAUGGACUUGAUGGAGGGAAAUGAAGAGGACGUUGUGCUUGUGGGACAGCAUGUGAAAGCUGAUGCUGUGGAGCAGAGGAUUGGUGCUGCAAAAACGGAUCUGAAUUGGUGAAAGAGCAGUGACCACACGGAACUCAAAUGAUUAAACUUGUAGGCGAAUCCGAAUUUUCACGGCAUAUACGAGGUUUGGCCAGCAGAUACCAUCUUGGGACUACCUGCCCCUCAAACCAAGAUGAAUUGUCAAGCAUCGAUAUUCACACAUUGAAGGAAAUUGAUGGUUUGGUGUCGGACAAAACCCUAAUUUCUGUUUGCUCGGAGGCAUUUACAGCAUGCAUCCUUUCCUCAUCUUGUCUACAACUUGAUGCAAGCAGGCCUAAGGGUCAGAUUAAUCGGUCCCAGCAACGACGCCUCGUGGACUCACCCAGCCCUCUAUGGAGCGGAUGUGACCUCGGGAUCACACGUUCAAAGCAAAGGCCGCCACCUUUUUCGGAAGUUUGAAGAGACACAUGAAUUUUCAAGGACCCAAGCGUACGCCAACAUGUAUCGCUAAGGACAAGCUAAAAUUGACGAGAAGCAUUUUGGGGCCCCUCCAACCCACCCUGGUGUCUGUCUAAUUUGAGAUGAUUAUGCACCAAUUCACACUUUAAGGUUAAAAAAGCGCGUGGAAUCAAUUAAUCUAACCAUGAGAUGGAUGUUCUGUAGCCAGCUGUGGCCACGGGGCAUUGGAACUGUAAUAAUAGAAUUGCCCUACCCAAUCAUACACA